AUGGUCGGCUCCCGCAAAAUCCAUACGACGCCGUACCACCCUCAGGCGAACGGACUAAUCGAGCGGUUUCACCGAACCCUGAAGGCCGUACUGAUGUGUGAAGCACACGUUCCCUGGCCUGACAGACUGCCUAUCGUCAUGCUGGGUCUCAGAUCCUGCCUUAAAGAAGACCUCCAGGCUUCUCCAGCAGAGAUGCUGUACGGAUCCUCCCUACGCAUCCCUGGGGAGUUUUUCGUCACCGACAGCGUUCCAGCGGACAUCGGCACCUUUUUGGGGAAGCUGAAGGAACUAUUCAGGUCCAUCAAGCCUGAGCCAGCCUCUCGGCACAUGACCUACAAGCCGUUCCGGCUCAAGAAUUUCGCCACCUGCUCGCAUGUAUACCAACGAGUCGAUGCGGUUAGGAAACCGCUGGUCCCGCCGUACGUGGGCCCCUUCAAGGUUGUUCGCAGAGUCAGCGAGAAGGUCUACGUUAUCCUGGUCAAUGGAGUGGAGUAG